UCUUUUUUUUUCCUUUUUUGUUGUUGGCGCUACUUACUCCCUGUGCCUAGCGGUCUGCUUGUUUCACCCCCUUGCUUCUCUUCAUCACACGGUUCCAGGGAGCCGGGACCAUGGACUUGGCAGCGACCAGGGCUGCUGGCCGCCCGUGGCUCCCGCUGCAUUCGCUCUCAGUCUUUCAGCUGCUCCGAGCCCUCUGGCUGCUCUGGCUGCUCCCGGGUCCGGCUCAGGUCCUCGGCACCGAGCAACGCCAGGUAUUCCAAGUGCUGGAAGAGCAGCCCCCCGGCACCCUGGUGGGCACCAUCCAGACGCGCCCAGGCUUCACCUACAGGCUCAGCGAAAGCCACGCCCUAUUUGCCAUCAACAGUAGCACCGGCGCCCUAUACACCACCGCCACCAUCGACCGCGAGAGCCUGCCCAGCGAUGUGGUCAACCUGGUGGUCUUGUCCAGCGCGCCCACCUACCCCACGGAAGUGCGAGUGCUGGUGAGGGACCUCAACGACAACGCCCCGGUCUUCCCAGACCCCUCCAUCGUGGUCACCUUCAAGGAGGACAGCAGCAGCGGGCGCCAGGUCAUCCUGGACACAGCCACCGACGCGGACAUCGGCUCCAACGGCGUGGACCACCGCUCCUACCGCAUCAUCCGGGGCAACGAGGCGGGCCGCUUCCGCCUGGACAUCACCCUGAACCCCAGCGGCGAGGGCGCGUUCCUGCACCUGGUGUCCAAGGGCGGGCUGGACCGCGAGGUCACGCCGCAGUACCAGCUGCUGGUGGAGGUGGAGGACAAGGGCGAACCGAAGCGGCGGGGCUACCUUCAGGUAAACGUGACUGUGCAGGACAUUAAUGACAAUCCCCCGGUUUUUGGCAGUUCCCACUACCAGGCGGGGGUGCCCGAGGACGCGGUCGUAGGCUCCAGCGUCCUGAAGGUGGCGGCGGCGGAUGCGGACGAAGGCACCAAUGCCGACAUCCGUUACCGGCUUCAGGACGAGGGGACCCCCUUCCAGAUGGACGCGGAGACGGGGCUUAUCACAGUGCGGGAGCCCCUGGACUUCGAAGCCCGGCGCCAGUACUCUCUGACGGUGCAGGCGAUGGACCGAGGCCUCCCCUCGCUCACUGGGCGCGCCGAGGCGCUGAUUCAGCUGCUGGACGUGAAUGAUAACGACCCGGUGGUCAAGUUCCGCUACUUUCCCGCCACGUCGCGCUAUGCCUCGGUCGACGAGAAUGCUCAGGUUGGCACUGUGGUGGCCCUGCUCACCGUGACGGACGCGGAUUCCCCCGCAGCCAACGGGAACAUCUCCGUGCAGAUCCUGGGGGGCAACGAGCAGCGCCACUUUGAGGUGCAGAGCAGCAAAGUGCCAAACCUGAGCCUCAUCAAGGUGGCCAGCGCCCUAGACCGUGAGCGCAUCCCGUCCUACAACCUCACGGUCUCCGUGUCGGACAACUACGGGGCGCCCUCUACCGCCAAGGUCCGGGCGCGCUCCUCCGUGGCCAGCCUAGUGAUCUUUGUCAACGACAUCAACGACCACCCUCCGGUCUUCGCCCAGCAAGUGUACACGGUGAACCUGAGCGAGGAGGCGCCCCCAGGAAGCUAUGUGAGUGGGGUUUCUGCCACUGACGGCGACUCCGGGCUCAAUGCUAACUUACGCUACAGCAUCGUCUCCGGCAACGGACUAGGAUGGUUUCAUAUCAGUGAAAACAGUGGCCUGGUGACCACCGGGGCUGCUGGAGGCCUCGACCGUGAGCUGGCUUCCCAGAUUGUCCUGAAUAUCAGCGCCCGCGACCAGGGAGUUCACCCCAAAGUUUCCUAUGCCCAACUUGUUGUAACUCUGUUGGAUGUGAAUGACGAAAAGCCGGUGUUUAGCCAGCCUGAAGGCUAUGAGGUGUCUGUGGUUGAGAAUGCUCCGAUAGGAACAGAGCUGCUGGUGCUAGGGGCAACUGAUGGGGACCUGGGUGACAAUGGGACUGUGCGCUUCUCCCUGCAAGAUGCUGAGAUGGACCAGAGGUCUUUCCGUCUGGAUCCUGUGUCUGGGAGGUUGAACACUAUCUCUUCCUUGGACAGAGAGGAGCAAGCCUUCUACUCUCUCUUGGUUGUGGCCACAGACCUGGGCUCCCCUCCACAGUCAUCAAUGGCUCGCAUAAACGUGAGCCUGUUGGAUGUCAAUGACAACAGCCCUGUGUUCUACCCGGUCCAGUACUUUGCUCAUAUUCAGGAGAAUGAGCCCGGUGGUAGCUACAUUACCACAGUAUCUGCCACUGAUCCGGACUUGGGUCCCAAUGGAACAGUCAGAUACACAAUAUCAGCCGGGGACAGGUCUCGGUUUCAGGUCAAUGCUCAGAGUGGGGUUAUUUCCACAAAGAUGGCUCUAGACAGAGAAGAAAAAACAGCUUAUCAGUUGCAAAUAGUAGCUACUGAUGGUGGCAAUUUGCAGUCUCCCAACCAGGCAAUAGUGACCAUCACUGUGUUGGACACUCAAGACAACCCACCUGUUUUCAGCCAGGCUGCCUACAGCUUUGUGGUUUUUGAGAAUGUAGCGCUGGGAUACCAUGUGGGCAGUGUGUCUGCAUCCACCAUGGAUCUGAAUUCCAACAUCAGUUAUCUCAUUACUUCUGGGGAUCAGAAAGGUAUGUUUGCUGUCAACCCGGUCACCGGGCAGCUUACCACAGCAAGCGUGAUUGACAGAGAAGAGCAGUCGUUUUAUCAGCUCAAGGUGGUGGCCAGUGGAGGCACUGUGACUGGAGACGCGGUGGUCAACAUCACAGUGAAAGAUUUGAAUGACAACUCCCCUCAUUUCCUGCAGGCUGUGGAGAGCGUGAAUGUGGUAGAGAACUGGCAGGCAGGCCAUAGUAUUUUCCAAGCUAAAGCUGUAGAUCCUGAUGAGGGUGUAAAUGGCAUGGUACUCUAUAGUCUGAAACAAAACCCCAAGAACCUGUUUGCUAUCAAUGAAAAGAAUGGCAGUAUUAGUUUGCUAGGGACCCUGAAUGUCCAUGCAGGCUCCUACCAAAUAGAGAUCAUGGCGUCUGAUAUGGGCGUUCCGCAGCUGUCUUCUAGUGUCAUUUUGACUGUUUAUGUCCAUGAUGUGAACGACAACCCACCAGUGUUUGACCAGCUUUCUUAUGAGGUCACCCUAUCUGAGUCAGAACCUGUCAAUUCUCGAUUCUUUCAAGUGCAGGCUUCCGAUAAGGAUUCAGGAGCAAAUGGUGAAAUUGCCUACACCAUUGCCGAAGGAAACACAGGGAAUGCUUUUGGUGUUUUCCCAGAUGGUCAAUUGUAUAUAAAAAGUGAACUGGAUCGCGAACUUCAAGACAGAUACGUUUUGCUGGUUGUUGCUGCUGACAGGGCAGUGGAACCCCUUAGUGCUACUGUGAAUGUUACUGUGAUUUUAGAAGAUGUAAAUGAUAACAGACCUCUUUUUAACAGUACCAAUUACACAUUUUACUUUGAAGAGGAGCAGAGAGCUGGGUCAUCUGUGGGCAGAGUGAGUGCCAUGGAUAAAGACUUUGGUCCCAAUGGAGAAGUAAGGUAUUCUUUUGAAACAGUGCAGCCAGAUUUUGAGUUGCAUGCUGUCACUGGGGAAAUUACAAGUACCCAUCAGUUUGACAGGGAAUCUCUGAUGAGGCGGAGAGGGACGGCGGCGUUUAGCUUCACAGUCAUAGCAACCGACCAGGGGCUCCCUCAGCCGCUCAAGGAUCAGGCCACUGUACAUGUUUACAUGAAGGAUAUAAAUGAUAAUGCUCCCAAAUUUUUGAAAGACUUUUACCAAGCGACAAUAUCAGAGUCGGCAGCCAACCUGACGCAGGUCUUAAGGGUCUCUGCUUCAGAUGUUGAUGAAGGUAAUAAUGGACUCAUUCAUUAUUCUGUAAUCAAAGGAAACGAAGAAAGACAAUUUGCUAUAGACAGUGCCACUGGCCAGGUGACACUAAUUGGCAAAUUAGACUAUGAAGCAACGCCUGCUUAUUCCCUGGUCAUUCAAGCUAUGGAUUCAGGGACCAUCUCCCUCAAUUCAACCUGUACCUUACAUAUUGAUAUUUUAGAUGAAAAUGACAACACUCCUUCGUUCCCUAAAUCCACAUUAUUUGUGGAUGUUGUGGAAAACAUGAGAAUUGGCGAACUGGUAUCCUCUGUAACCGCAACUGACUCAGAUUCAGGUGACAAUGCUGACUUACAUUACAGUAUCACUGGGACUAAUAACCAUGGGACAUUUAGCAUCAGCCCAAACACUGGGAGCAUUUUUCUUGCCAAGAAAUUGGACUUUGAAACUCAGUCUUUGUACAAAUUAAAUAUAACAGCGAAAGAUCAAGGAAGACCUCCUCGGUCAUCUACAAUGUCAGUGGUUAUACAUGUGAGGGAUUUUAAUGACAAUCCUCCCAGCUUUCCUCCUGGAGAUAUCUUCAAGUCCAUUGUUGAGAACAUUCCCAUCGGUACUUCUGUCAUUUCGGUGACUGCACAUGAUCCUGAUGCAGACAUCAAUGGGCAACUAACUUACACGAUCGUUCAACAGAUGCCAAGAGGCAACCACUUUGACAUAGACGAAGUCAAAGGCACUAUCUACACAAAUGCUGAAAUAGAUCGGGAAUUUGCUAAUCUCUUCGAGUUAACUGUAAAAGCCAAUGAUCAAGCUGUGCCAAUAGAAACCAGACGGUAUGCUCUGAAAAAUGUGACCAUCUUGGUGACAGACCUCAAUGACAACGUCCCAAUGUUCAUAUCCCAAAAUGCACUUGCUGCGGACCCAUCUGCAGUGAUUGGGUCUGUCCUGACAACAAUCAUGGCUGCUGAUCCAGAUGAAGGUGCUAACGGAGAGGUGGAGUACGAGAUCAUCAAUGGGGACACAAACACCUUUAUUGUGGAUCGGUACAGUGGAGACUUGAGAGUGGCUUCUGCGCUGGUACCUUCCCAACUGAUCUACAACCUCAUUGUUUCAGCAACAGACCUUGGCCCUGAAAGGAGGAAAUCCACCACUGAAUUGACGGUCAUUCUUCAAGGUCUGGAUGGACCUGUUUUUACUCAACCCAAAUAUAUCACCAUCUUGAAGGAAGGGGAGCCCAUUGGCACCAAUGUAAUAUCCAUCGAAGCAGCCAGCCCCCGGGGAGCUGAUGCCCCAGUAGAGUAUUACAUUGUUUCUGUCCGCUGUGAAGAAAAGACUGUUGGGCGUCUUUUCACCAUUGGACGGCACUCUGGCACAAUUCAGACAGCAGCCAUUCUGGACCGGGAGCAAGGAGCCUGUCUUUACUUGGUGGAUGUUUAUGCCAUCGAAAAAUCCACUGCUUUUCCCAGAACACAGAGAGCAGAGGUAGAAAUAACGCUUCAGGAUAUCAAUGACAAUCCGCCAGUGUUUCCAACUGACACGCUGGACCUCACUGUGGAAGAGAACAUAGGAGACGGGUCUAAGAUUAUGCAGCUGACAGCCAUGGAUGCUGAUGAGGGAGCAAAUGCUCUCGUCACCUACACUAUCAUUAGUGGAGCUGAUGACAGCUUCCGCAUUGACCCCGAAUCUGGAGAUCUGAUAGCAACCAAGCGUUUGGACAGAGAGCGCCGCUCCAAAUAUUCAUUGCUAGUCCGUGCUGAUGACGGGCUUCAGUCCUCAGACAUGAGAAUUAAUAUCACUGUCAGUGAUGUGAAUGAUCACACACCAAAGUUCUCCAGACCUGUGUAUUCUUUUGACAUUCCAGAAGAUACAACCCCUGGUUCUUUGGUAGCAGCCAUUUUAGCUACAGAUGAUGAUUCUGGAGUGAAUGGAGAAAUUACUUACAUUGUGAAUGAAGAUGAUGAAGAUGGCAUAUUUUUCCUCAACCCUGUUACUGGAGUCUUUAAUUUGACUCGCGUACUAGAUUAUGAAGCACAGCAAUAUUACAUCCUCACUGUUCGAGCUGAAGAUGGUGGGGGUCAAUUUACUACCAUCAGAGUUUAUUUCAAUAUACUAGAUGUAAAUGAUAAUCCACCUGUUUUCAGCUUGAAUUCAUACAGCACCUCUUUAAUGGAGAAUUUACCUCUAGGAUCUACUGUUCUUGUGUUUAAUGUCACUGAUGCAGAUGAUGGUGUCAACUCCCAGUUGGCCUAUAGCAUCGCUUCAGGCGAUAGCCUUGGACAGUUCACAGUGGAUAACAGUGGAGUGCUGAAAGUUGUGAAAGCUUUGGAUCGGGAAAGUCAGUCCUUCUACAACUUGGUUGUUCAGGUGCAUGACCUUCCACAGCACCCAGCCUCCAGAUUCACAAGCACUGCUCAAGUCUCCAUUAUUUUGUUGGAUGUAAAUGAUAAUCCACCAACGUUUCUUUCCCCUAAGUUGACAUACAUUCCAGAAAACACACCUAUUGACACUGUAGUUUUCAAAGCUCAAGCAACUGACCCGGAUAGUGGUCCAAACAGCUAUAUUGAGUAUACACUGCUGAACCCUUGGGGAAGCAAGUUCAGUAUUGGAACCAUUGAUGGUGAAGUGAGACUGACUGGUGAACUGGAUAGAGAAGACGUUUCCAAUUAUACUCUCACGGUGGUGGCUACAGACAAAGGUCAACCAUCCCUGUCUUCUUCUACAGAGGUUGUAGUUAUGGUACUUGACAUCAAUGAUAACAAUCCUGUUUUCGCACAGGCUUUAUAUAAAGUGGAGAUCAAUGAAAAUACACUUACUGGGACAGAUAUCAUACAAGUAUUUGCAGUAGAUGGAGAUGAAGGCACAAAUGGGCAGAUUCGCUAUGGUAUUGUUGGUGGUAAUGCCAAUCAAGAGUUUCGCAUUGAUUCUGUCACAGGUGCCAUCACUGUGGCUAAACCUUUGGAUAGGGAGAGGACUCCUAAUUACCUUCUGACUGUUCAGGCAACAGAUCGGGGCAGUACCCCUAGAACUGAUACCUCCACUGUCAGCAUUAUUUUGUUGGAUAUUAAUGAUUUUGUUCCUAUAUUUGAGCUCUCUCCAUAUUCUGUGAAUGUUCCUGAGAAUUUGGAGAUACUACCCAGAACAAUUCUUCAGGUGGUGGCAAGAGAUGAUGAUCAAGGAUCUAACAGUAAACUCUCAUAUGCUCUGUUUGCUGGAAAUGAAGACAAUGCUUUCACUCUCUCAACCAGUGGAGAACUCAAAGUAACACAGAGUCUCGACCGGGAAGCAAAGGAGCACUUUGUGUUGGUGCUUACGGCUAUAGAUUCAGGAUCCCCUGCCUUAACUGGAACUGGUACAGUCAGUGUCAUAGUAGAUGAUGUGAAUGACAAUGUCCCCACUUUUGCCAGUAAAAUGUAUUUCACAAGCAUCCCUGAAGAUGCACCAACUGGAACAGACGUUUUAUUGGUAAAUGCCUCAGAUGCUGAUGUUUCAACAAAUGCAGUUGUAAGUUAUAGCAUCAUUGGUGGAAACUCUCAAUUUACCAUCAACCCAUCCACGGGACAAAUCAUCACAAGUGCAUUACUAGACAGAGAGACCAAAGAUAAUUAUACUCUAGUGGUGGUCUCCAGUGAUGCAGGAUCCCCAGAGCGUCUCUCCAGUUCUGCCAGUGUUCUUGUCACGGUGACUGAUGUCAACGACAAUCCACCAAGAUUUCAACAUCACCCCUACGUCACACACAUCCCAUCUCCCACUCUUCCAGGUUCCUUUGUCUUUGCGGUUACAGUCACAGAUGCUGAUAUUGGAACCAAUUCUGAGCUGCACUAUUCUCUGAGUGGUAGAAACUCAGAAAAAUUUCACAUUGACCCACUGAGGGGAGCUAUUAUGGCAGCUGGCCCCCUAAAUGGAGCUUCAGAAGUGACUUUUUCUGUACAUGUGAAAGAUGGUGGCUCGUUUCCAAAGACAGAUUCUACAACAGUGACAGUUAGAUUUGUGAACAAGGCAGAUUUUCCUAAAGUCAGAGCCAAGGAGCAAACAUUCAUGUUUCCUGAAAGCCAACCAGUAGGCACUCUUGUCACUACCAUUACAGGGUCCUCCCUGAGAGGAGAACCUUUGUCUUAUUAUAUUGCAAGUGGGAAUCUUGGCAAUACAUUCCAAAUUGAUCAAUCAACUGGGCAAGUGUCCAUUAGUCAACCUCUGGAUUUUGAAAAGAUACAGAAAUAUGUCAUGCGGAUAGAGGCCAGAGACGGAGGCUUCCCUCCCUUCUCCUCCUAUGAGAAACUGGACAUAACAGUGUUAGAUGUCAAUGAUAAUUCUCCAGUAUUUAAAGAAGAUCCAUUUGUAGCUGAAAUACUGGAAAACCUUUCUCCUCGAAAAAUACUUGCAGUAUCAGCAGUGGAUAAAGACAGUGGACCCAAUGGACAGUUAGACUAUGAGAUUAUUAAUGGCAACGAAGAAAACAGUUUCAGUAUCAAUCAUGCUACUGGUGAAAUCCGAAGCGUACGACCAUUAGACAGGGAAAAAGUAUCUCAUUAUGUACUCACUGUAAAGUCUUCAGAUAAAGGGUCCCCAUCUCGGAGUGCCUCAGUGAAAGUUAUCAUUAACAUUUUAGAUGAAAAUGAUAAUGCCCCUAGGUUUUCUCAAAUAUUUAGUGCCCAGGUUCCUGAAAAUUCUCCCUUAGGAUACACUGUUACACGUGUCACAACUUCUGAUGAAGACAUUGGUGUAAAUGCAAUUAGUAGAUAUUCCAUAAUGGACACAAGUCUUCCGUUUACAAUCCACCCUAGCACAGGGGACAUCAUUAUUAGCAGACCUUUAAAUAGAGAAGAUACAGACCGGUACAGAAUCCGAGUUUCUGCACAUGAUUCCGGGUGGACUGUCAGCACAGAUGUCACAAUUUUUGUGACAGAUGUCAAUGAUAAUGCUCCGAGAUUUAGUAGACCCUCCUAUUAUUUAGAUUGUCCUGAACUGACUGAGAUUGGCUCCAGAGUAACUCAGGUGUCCGCCACAGAUCCCGAUGAGGGAUCCAAUGGACAAGUGUUUUAUUUUAUAAAAUCCCAAUCAGAGUAUUUUAGGAUCAAUGCUACCACAGGGGAGAUUUUCAAUAAACAAGUCUUGAAAUACCAAAAUGUCAGUGGCUUCAGUAAUGUGAACGUGAACAGACAUAGUUUUAUAGUGACAUCUUCAGAUCGAGGGAAUCCCUCCCUCCUCAGUGAGACAACAGUCACCAUUAACACAGUGGACAGCAAUGACAAUGCGCCUGAGUUUCUUCAAACUCAGUAUUUCACUCCAGUCACAAAAAAUGUGAAAAUUGGGACAAAGCUGAUCAAGGUGACUGCAAUAGAUAAUAAGGAUUUUGGACUGAAUUCCGAAGUGGAUUAUUUCAUUUCUAAUGGAAAUCAUUUAGGAAAAUUUAAGCUGGACACUAACACAGGAUGGAUUUCAAUAGCAUCUUCCCUCAUUUCUGACUUGAAUCAAAACUUUCUGCUCACGGUCACUGCAAAAGAUAAAGGGAACCCUCCACUUUCUUCCCAAGCAACAGUUGAAAUAACUGUCACUGAAGAAAACUAUCACACUCCUGAAUUCUCCCAAAGCCACCUAAGUGCAACCAUAGCUGAGAGCCAGAGUGUUGGGACCAUUAUCAGAACUGUUUCUGCAAGAGACAGAGAUGCAGCUAUGAAUGGCUUGAUCCGGUACAGUAUUUCUUCAGGAAACGAAGAAGGAAUUUUUGCAAUCAACUCCUCCACAGGUGUACUAACACUAGCCAAACCUCUUGAUUAUGAACUAUACCAGAAGCAUGAGAUGACUGUUAGUGCUAUAGACGGAGGCUGGGUUGCGAGAACUGGUUACUGUAGUGUCACUAUAAAUGUGAUUGAUGUAAAUGACAAUUCUCCAAUAUUCAUCCCUGAUGAAUAUUUCCCCACUGUUUUGGAAAAUGCUCCAAGUGGAACAACAGUUAUCCACCUAAAUGCAACAGAUGCUGACUCUGGAACAAAUGCUGUGAUUGCCUAUACAGUGCAGACAUCUGACAGUGACCUCUUUGUCAUCGACCCUAACACAGGAGUCAUCACAACGCAAGGUUUCUUGGAUUUUGAAACCAAACAGAGCUACCAUCUUACUGUGAAGGCCUUCAAUGUUCCUGAUGAAGAAAGGUGUAGCUUUGCCACUGUGAACAUUCAGUUGAAAGGGACCAAUGAGUAUGUGCCUCGUUUUGUUUCCAAACUUUACUAUUUUGAAAUCUCGGAAGCAGCUCCUAAAGGUACUGUUGUUGGAGAAGUGUUUGCCAGUGACCGUGACUUGGGCACAGAUGGGGAGGUACAUUAUCUGAUUUUUGGUGAUAGUCGAAAGAAGGGUUUCCAGAUCAAUAAGAGGACUGGACAAAUUUAUGUUUCUGGACUUCUUGAUAGAGAAAAAGAAGAACGGGUGUCUUUGAAAGUAUUAGCCAAGAAUUUUGGCAGCAUUAGGGGUGCAGAUAUAGAUGAAGUCACUGUUAAUAUCACUGUGCUAGAUGCCAAUGACCCACCAGUCUUUAGUUUAAACAUCUACAGUGUUCAGAUCAGCGAAGGGGUCCCCAUUGGAACUCACGUGACCUUUGUCAGUGCCUUUGACUCUGACUCCAUCCCCAGUUGGAGCAGGUUUUCUUACUUCAUUGGAUCAGGGAAUGAAAAUGGUGCUUUUUCUGUUAAUCCCCAGACAGGACAGAUCACGGUAACUGCAGAAUUAGAUCGAGAGACCCUACCCAUCUAUAAUCUAACAGUAUUGGCUGUAGAUUCAGGGACCCCCUCCGCUACAGGAAGUGCCUCCUUAAUAGUCACCCUGGAGGACAUCAAUGAUAAUGGACCCACGUUGAGCAUCAGUGAAGGGGAAGUGAUGGAAAACAAACGGCCAGGAACUCUGGUGAUGACGCUUCAGUCCACUGACCCAGAUCUCCCUCCUAAUCAAGGUCCAUUUACCUAUUACCUGCUGAGCACAGGUCCUGCCACCAAUUAUUUUAGUCUGAAUACUGCUGGAGUUCUGAGCACAACCAGGGAGAUCGACAGAGAGCAGAUUUCAGAUUUCUAUCUGUCUGUGGUCACCAGGGAUUCCGGCAUUCCACAGAUGUCAUCUACCGGAACUGUGCAUAUCACAGUCAUGGAUGAAAAUGACAAUCCCUCACAGUCUCGGACAGUAGAGUUAUUUGUUAAUUACUAUGGCAACCUGUUUCCUGGUGGAAUUUUAGGCUCUGUGAAACCACAGGAUCCGGAUGUGCUAGACAGCUUCCACUGCUCUUUGACUUCUGGAGUUACGAGCCUCUUCAGUAUUCCAGUGGGCACCUGUGAUCUGCAUUCCCAGCCAAGAUCCACAGAUGGCACUUUUGAUCUGACCGUCCUGAGCAAUGAUGGCGUUCACAGCACAGUUACAAGCAAUAUCCGAGUUUUCUUUGCAGCCUUUUCCAAUACUACAGUGGACAACAGCAUUUUACUUCGUGUUAGUGUUCCGACAGUGAAGGACUUCCUGACUAAUCACUACCUUCACUUCUUACGCAUAGCCAGUUCCCAGCUCACAGGCCUAGGGACUGCCGUUCAGCUCUAUGGCGCAUAUGAAGACAACAACAGAACAUUUCUUUUGGCAGCUGUGAAGCGAAACAAUAAUCAGUAUGUGAAUCCCAGUGGUGUAGCUACGUUCUUUGAAAGCAUCAAAGACAUCCUGCUUCGGCAAAGUGGAGUAAAGGUAGAAUCUGUGGAUCACGACUCAUGCAUUCAUGGCCCCUGUCAGAAUGGAGGGAGCUGUAUAAGAAGACUGGCUGUGAGCUCUGUGCUCAAAAGCUACGAGAGCCUUCCAGUUAUCAUCAUGGCCAAUGAACCUCUGCAGCCUUUCUUGUGCAAGUGUCUGCCAGGAUAUGCUGGUAACUGGUGUGAAACAGAUAUAGAUGAGUGUCUGCCAUCCCCUUGCCACAAUGGUGGGACCUGUCACAAUUUAGUGGGUGGAUUUUCAUGUAGUUGUCCAGAAGGCUUUACUGGAAGGGCCUGUGAGAGAGACAUCAAUGAGUGCCUUCCCAGUCCUUGCAAGAAUGGUGCCGUCUGCCAGAAUUUCCCAGGAGGCUUCAACUGUGUUUGCAAAACUGGAUACACAGGGAAAACAUGUGAAUCAUCAGUUAAUUACUGUGAAUGCAACCCUUGCUUUAAUGGUGGUUCCUGCCAAAGUGGUGUGGAUUCAUAUUACUGCCAUUGUCCAUUUGGUGUCUUUGGAAAACACUGUGAGCUGAACAGUUAUGGAUUUGAAGAAUUGUCAUAUAUGGAAUUUCCCAGUUUGGAUCCCAAUAACAACUAUAUUUAUGUCAAAUUUUCAACUAUCAAAAGUCAUGCAUUACUGCUUUACAACUAUGACAACCAGACAGGGGACCGGGCUGAGUUUUUGGCUCUUGAAAUUGCUGAAGAAAGACUCAGAUUCUCUUAUAAUUUGGGCAGUGGUACCUAUAAGCUCACCACCAUGAAGAAGGUGUCAGAUGGACAUUUUCACACUGUGAUUGCCCGGAGAGCAGGAAUGGCAGCAUCCUUAACUGUAGAUUCCUGCUCCGAGAACCAAGAGCCAGGAUACUGCACUGUUAGUAACGUAGCAGUUUCAGAUGAUUGGACGCUCGAUGUUCAGCCAAAUCGCAUCACAGUUGGAGGUAUCCGAUCUCUAGAACCAAUCCUUCAGAGAAGAGGACAUGUGGAAAGUCAUGACUUUGUGGGGUGCAUAAUGGAAUUUGCAGUCAAUGGAAGGCCUCUGGAGCCCAGCCAAGCUUUGGCUGCACAAGGCAUUCUUGAUCAAUGUCCUAGACUAGAAGGCGCUUGUACCCGCAGCCCCUGCCAACAUGGUGGCACGUGUAUGGAUUACUGGUCAUGGCAGCAGUGUCACUGCAAAGAAGGCUUAACUGGAAAAUACUGUGAGAAAUCGAUUACCCCUGAUACUGCCUUAUCACUGGAGGGCAAAGGGCGCUUGGACUACCACAUGAGUCAGAAUGAGAAACGGGAAUACUUGUUAAGACAGAGCAUCCGAGGUGCCAUGUUGGAACCCUUUGGUGUGAACAGUCUGGAAGUCAAAUUCAGGACAAGAAGCGAGAAUGGCAUUCUAAUCCAUAUACAAGAAAUCAGCAAUUAUACCACUGUGAAGAUUAAGAAUGGCAAAGUACAUUAUACAUCAGAUGCAGGAAUUGCUGGAAAAGUGGAGAGAAAUAUUCCUGAAGUGUAUGUGGCAGAUGGCCACUGGCAUACAUUCCUGAUCGGGAAAAAUGGAACUGUCACCAUAUUGUCUGUUGACAGGAUAUAUAACAGAGAUAUCAUCCACACUACUCAGGAUUUUGGAGGCCUCGAGGUUCUUACUAUGUCUCUUGGAGGAAUUCCACCCAAUCAGGCUUAUCGAGAUACUCAAACAGGUUUUGACGGCUGCAUCGCAUCGAUGCUGUACGGCGGAGAGAGUCUUCCUUUCAGCGGGAAGCACAGCUUGGCCUCCAUCUCAAAAACAGAUCCCUCUGUGAAGAUCGGCUGUCGUGGCCCAAACAUUUGUGCCAGCAACCCCUGCUGGGGCGAUUUACUGUGCAUUAAUCAGUGGUACGCCUACAAAUGUGUUCCUCCCGGAGACUGUGCUUCCCACCCGUGCCAGAAUGGGGGCAGCUGUGAGCCAGGACUGCACUCGGGCUUCACCUGCAGCUGUCCUGAAUCGCACACAGGCAGGACCUGUGAGACGGUCGUGGCCUGUCUUGGCAUCCUCUGUCCUCCGGGGAAGAUGUGCAAAGCCGGAAGUCCCGGAGGACACGUCUGUGUUCCGACUCAGGGCCCCGAGGAGAUCUCCUUGCCUCUGUGGGCCGUGCCAGCUAUCGUGGGCAGCUGUGCGACAGUCCUGGCCCUCUUAGUGCUCAGCCUGAUUCUGUGUAAUCAGUGCAGGGGGAAGAAGCCCAAGAAUCACAAAGGAGAGAAGAAACCAAAGGAGAAGAAGAAGAAGGGAAGUGAAAAUGUGGCUUUUGAUGACCCAGACAACAUCCCCCCUUAUGGGGACGACAUGACUGUGAGGAAGCAGCCUGAAGGGAACCCUAAACCAGAUAUCAUUGAAAGGGAAAACCCUUACCUCAUCUAUGAUGAGACCGACAUCCCGCACAACUCAGAGACCAUCCCCAGCGCCCCGUUGGCUUCCCCGGAACAGGAAAUCGAACACUACGACAUUGACAACGCCAGCAGCAUCGCGCCCUCAGAUGCAGACAUCAUCCAGCACUACAAGCAGUUCCGCAGCCACACUCCCAAGUUUUCCAUCCAGAGACACAGCCCACUGGGCUUCGCUAGGCAAUCUCCCAUGCCCCUAGGAGCCAGCAGCUUGACAUACCAGACUUCCUAUGGGCCAGGGUUAAGAACCAGCUCUCUGAGUCACUCAGCUUGCCCUACGCCCAACCCCCUGUCCCGACACAGCCCUGCGCCCUUCUCCAAGUCUUCCAGUUUCUAUAGGAACAGCCCAGCCAGGGAACUGCAUCUUCCCAUAAGGGAUGGGAGUACAUUGGAACUGCAUGGUGAGGCCUGCCAACCAGGCCUUUUUAACUAUGCCACGAGGCUGGGCAGGAGAAGCAAGAGUCCUCAGGCCAUGGCCUCACACGGUUCUAGACCGGGGAGUCGACUCAAGCAGCCAAUUGGGCAGAUUCCUCUGGAAUCGUCCCCUCCAGUCGGGCUUUCCAUUGAAGAGGUAGAGAGGCUCAACACGCCUCGCCCUCGAAACCCAAGUAUCUGCAGUGCAGACCAUGGGAGGUCGUCCUCAGAGGAGGACUGCCGAAGGCCCCUGUCCCGAACCAGGAACCCAGCAGAUGGCAUUCCGGCUCCAGAAUCCUCUUCUGAUAGUGACUCACAUGAGUCUUUCACUUGCUCAGAAAUGGAAUACGACAGGGAAAAACCAAUGGUAUAUACUUCCAGGAUGCCGAAAUUAUCUCAAGUCAAUGAAUCUGACGCAGACGAUGAAGAUAACUAUGGAGCCAGAUUGAAACCCAGAAGGUACCAUGGCCGCAGGGCAGAGGGAGGACCUGUGGGCACCCAGGCAGCAGCGCCCGGGGGUGCCGACAGCACGUUGCCCAUGAAGCUUGGGCAGCAAGCAGGAAACUUCAACUGGGACAACCUUUUGAACUGGGGACCUGGCUUUGGCCAUUAUGUAGAUGUUUUUAAAGAUUUAGCGUCUCUCCCAGAAAAAGCAGCAACAAAUGAAGACGGUAAAGGUGGGACAACUAAGCCAACCCCCAAAGACGGGGAAACAGAACAGUACGUUUAAAAGGUAUAGACUGGCAUUGGAAACACAGGAAAACAAGAAACACUCCAAUCCUUGUGAAGUUGCCCACUAGAUUGGGUCACAUUUGAAAAGCAGGCCAGUAUGGACUGGUGAUGGAGGGAAACUUUAAAAAUAAUAACCACAAUGCUGCUGAAACAGACUCAAGACAACUCUUUAAUUUAACUACACUUGGUUGAGUUUAUUUGCCUGCAUGCAUUGAAUUCUGUAACUUAGUUAUGUGGCAUGCAGCAUUUGGAAAGUUUUUCUUCUUUACCAGUGUUUGAUUUGUGAUUUAAAAAAAAAAAUAAUACCAUUACGAUGCCAGAAAUGAACUUGUGCUAUCACAGUGGGGUAUGUGUAUUGUUGCCAUUGUAUCAUUAUAAUUAUGUUUUGCUUGCAAGAUCCUUGGGUUUUAACCCAUUUGUGUAAAGUGUAGAAAAGGUCCCUCCUAUCCUUGAGUGAAAGACUAAGUAAGUAUUAACUCUUUGCAAAAUUAUGGAUUUCGUAUGUGAGGUUGCUCAGAAAUGGCUGAGUAUUUGCUUAAGUUUUACAUUGACAGUGGGUACUGAAAUGAAGUCAUUCUGUUCGGCACUUUAAACACUUUCUUACAAAAUUAUAUUCAAACUUCUGAAUCUCUUUUAUUAUUAUUUUUUUUUUCAAGUGAGUGUGGCCUUCGGACUUGCUCAGGCUUCCAUCAGGCCCCAAAUGACCGCAGGCUGUCCUUAGAACACUGCCACCCUCCUACCUUGGAAUGAUGUUCUCAGUAACUCUUGUAAGGGACACUUGGAAACUUAUUUAUUGCAGCAAACAUUUUAUACUUGUUCAAAGAAUUUACCUGAGCAAAGCCUAUGAUAGGACUGAUUUUUCAACCAUAGAACAUCUUCCCCAAGUACCCAGUUUUUAUAAUUUAUAUAAAGUUAAAUUUCAACAAUUCUUACUUUCUGUAAUUUUGUAGUUCUUUUUUUAAUACUGUGUGCAGAAACUUUUUUUCUUAAACCUAAGCUGUGUUUUUGAUACUGAUAUUUUCCUAUGCUGAAUAGUUUUCUUACUUUCAGGGAAGGUAAGAAAAUACCUUUUUGGUUUUUUUUUUUUUACAUUUGUUACUUUUGUAACGUUCAUAUUUUUCACAUUUUGAUAUUUGUAACAUACUGUAUGCUUUCUACUUGUAAAUGCCAACAAUAGAAUUAAAAUAUUUAUUUAAAAUA